AUUUUAUGCAAAGAACUCCCCAGAAAAUUUUGCAGGCUCUGAGUGAGUUUGAAUUCUUCAUCUCUCAGAUUACAGUGCAGAUACAGAAAACACUCUCAAAUUUCAUACUUUUAACUCCGCAAUAAUAUUCAAAUCCUCAAGAAGCAGAUUUCUUCUCCCUGCUUAUUUACAUCAAUUAAUUGAUUUUGCAACUGCUAACUAAAUUAGGGUUUUAAUUGGUUUUUGCCAAUAUGUCUGAAUCGAAUAAUCAAGUAGCUGGAGUUGAUAACACGUUUAGGAAGAAAUUCGAUCGUGAAGAGUAUUUGCAGCGAGCUCGUGAGCGUGAAGAAAAGGAGAAAGAUGGAAGGGCGAAAUCCAAAUCGAAAGGACCUCCUGUGCAGAGGCAGCCAUUGAAGCAUAGGGAUUAUGAAGUCGAUCUCGAGUCCAGAUUGGGGAAGACUCAGGUUGUCACUCCAAUUGCACCACUUAGCCAGCAGGCUGGUUACUUUUGUUCAGUUUGUGAAUGUGUGGUAAAGGAUUCUGCAAAUUACUUGGACCACAUCAAUGGCAAGAAACAUCAAAGGGCUUUGGGUAUGUCUAUGCGAUCAGAACGAUCAACUCUGGAUCAGGUGCGACAACGAUUUGAGGUUCUCAAGAAACGAAAAACUCCCGGCAGUUUUUCAGAGCAAGAUCUUGACGAAAGAAUUUUAAAGCAGCAACAAGAGGAGGAGGAGAUAAAACGACAGCGUAGGGAGAGGAAGAAGGAAAAAAAGAAAGAGAAGGCUGUUGUGGACGAGCCCGAGACGGAUAUUGAAGUGGCUGCUAUGAUGGGAUUUGGUGGUUUCGGGUCUUCCAAAAAGUGAGAAGGUUGAAUCAGCCAUUUCUCUGAGUUGUCUUUGUAACGUUGCGUAGGGAUCAACUUUUGUUGCUGUUAGCUUAGUCACAUUGUAUUUUAUGUAUCUGAUUAAAUCCCGUUGAAUUAGAGGUUUAAAGAAAAAGUUGCAGUAAAUUGGAGUUUUGUAAGACUUUCCGGCUUGGGCCUGUUUGGCUGAAAAACGAGCUUUUCCGAGUUAAUCUCGUUGAUUGUCCCAAUCAAAUGACAUUUUCGUAAAUAAAUGAAUAUUUUAUUACGAAAAUGCCAUUAAAAGUGGACCUAACUACAGUCACGUGCUAUUUGAUGUGUGCCCAUAUACAGUUAACAUUAUAUUUUUUGGAAUACGUCAACAACCUUGUAAUA